AGAACAAGACCAAGCCUGUGCAGAUGAUGUUCAAGACAGAUAUAUUUAACAUGACCUAUAUUGGAGACUUGCAGACCAAAAUCCUUGAGCUGCCCUAUGUUGGUAAUGAACUCAGCAUGAUCAUCCUGCUCCCUGAUGCAAUCCAGGAUGGAUCCACGGGCUUGGAAAGACUGGAAAGAGAACUUACAUAUGAGAAACUGAUAGAUUGGAUCAGUCCUGAAAUGAUGAAGUCUACAAAGGUGAGUGUGUCUUUACCCAGAUUUAAACUGGAAGAAGAUUAUGAUCUGAAACCCAUUCUGAGCUUCAUGGGAAUGCCUGAUGCAUUUGACUUGGGGAAGGCAGACUUCUCGGGAAUGUCAUCUGGCAAUGAGCUGGUGCUCUCUGAAGUGGUUCACAAGUCCUUUGUGGAAGUCAACGAAGAAGGCACUGAAGCAGCUGCUGCCACAACUGGACGGAUCGUGGGUGGCUCUCCAAUGAUCAUUCCGAAUUUCACUGCUGAUCAUCCCUUCCUCUUCUUUAUCCGGCACAACAAAUCUUCCAGCAUUUUGUUCUGUGGCAGGUUUUGCUCUCCCUAAAGAGGAGUUGUCUUGGCAGGAGAGGGACCAUUACACAAUAAAGAUUUCUCUAGAAUAGGGUGACUGCUUUUGCACUAAUUGCCUCUUUGAGCUGUGCCUGAACCCUCUUGUGUGGUCUUGAUCUGGGGCUUGGCAAGAAUAACAGAGCUGCUUAGAAAUCGACAGGAAGCGCUGUGUAAAACACCUCUCUCCCUGUGCACCUGUGUGGAGGUUCUUGCUGACAGAAGUAACAUCCCACUUGCUCAGCAAAGGCUUCUCCU